GAGUUACUUCUCGCUUUCGACACUACCCGCCACGCGACUCCUUUUCCUCCCCCAUCAUUCGCUUGCAACAGCACCAUGGCAGACUUGCAGAGCGUGCUUUUGCACUACAGUGAGAUUGCGUCGCAGCAAUUUCAGAAAGUACCCGGCUCUGCGAUCGUGCUGCGCUACAUCCGCAGCAGCUACCAGAAUGACCCCAUCCGUAGUGCCAUAGAGCUCUUCCUGUUUCUCUUUGCGGUUGGCUAUUUGUUGAGCCCGAGCUACGAGACGAAGGACAAGAACAAAAUCGUUCUCACUGAGGAUGAGAUCGAUGACCUUGUUGAAGAGUGGCAGCCGGAACCCAUCGUUGAGCCCGAGACGCCCGAGGAGAUCGUCGAGAACGAGAAACGACCUACCAUCAUAGGCGCGACGGGUCCCAAGUGCAGAGUCGCCACGGCCAACGGGAGCAGCAAACUCGUCACAAAUCUCGCGUCGUACAACUUUUACAAUUUCGUCGGCAACGAGACUCUCAAGGAGAAGGCCAUCCAGACCCUGCGCAAGUACGGCGUCGGGCCUUGCGGACCACCUGGUUUUUACGGCACGCAGGAUGUGCACAUGGAGGCCGAGAAGGCCGUCGCUGCCCACCUAGGCGUGCCGAACUGCAUCAUCUACGCCCAGGCCUUUUCCACCAUUUCAAGUGUUAUUCCAGCAUUCUCCAAGCGAGGCGACAUCAUCGUCGCCGACAAGGCGGUCAACUAUUCGAUCAGAAAGGGUCUGCAGGUCAGUCGCAGCAAAGUGUACUGGUACGAGCACAACGACAUGGCCGAUCUUGAGCGCCUGCUCCGCAAAAUCGUCAAGGAAAAUGCGCGCAAGCCGUUGACUCGACGCUUCAUCGUGUCCGAGGGCCUGUUCGAGAACGUGGGAGACGUCGUCGAUUUGCCUCGACUGGUCGAGCUCAAACACAGGUACAAGUUCCGCAUCAUUCUUGACGAGACGUGGUCCUACGGUGUGCUUGGCGAGGGAGGUCGUGGCGUGACGGAAGCGCAGAACGUGGACGCGAACCAAGUGGACAUGCUGAUCGGUUCUCUGGCUGGCCCCAUCUGCUCGGGCGGUGGUUUCUGCGCAGGCUCCCCCGAGGUGGUCGAGCACCAGCGCAUCAUGGCAACGGCGUACACCUACUCUGCGGCUCUGCCAGCCAUGCUCGCGACCACGGCUGUGGAGACCAUUCAGCUGCUGAAAGAUAGCCCGGAGUACGGAAUCAAACUGCAGGAAAACAUCGACACCAUGUGGGCUCAGUUCGACCCUAAAAACUUCCCCAAGCAACAGUGGGUCACAUGCACGAGCUCGAAGCAAAACCCGAUCAUGAUUUUUGUGCUGAAGGACGACCUCAUCUCUCGGUACGAGAUAUCAGUCAAGGACCAAGAAGCUAUCAUCCAAGAGGUUGUAGAUGAGGCUCUCAGAAAGGACGUCCUCGUUACCAAAGUUCGGCACAUGCCUCUUGCCAUCGGUGUGAGUUCACGGGAGCAGCCGUGGCAACCACAGCCUGCGCUGAAGGUGUGCAUGACAAGUGGCCUCACGAAGAAGGAAGUCGAGAGUGCCGGACAGACUAUCCGACGGUCUCUCCACACGGUCAUGGAGAAGCGAAAAUUCAAGAGGUGAAAUCGUUUCGCAUAUUUGUCACGCAGUAGACUCUCUCGCUACAGCACUUUCGCUGUUUACCAUACUUGGAGGCAAAGCAGGACAGCCAUUUUGUAGUAAUACGGAUGCAUCAGGUUUGGCGUUGUGGCUCAAGAAGCCAAGGCUAAGAAAGAGCAUAGUGCCUCGUUAUGAUAUACAUUUCAACAAAGAGAUUCAGCUCGUAAUGCUAAUAUAUCUUAAGCACG